AAUCAAUAAAUGAAUUUCUUCUUAAAUCAAGGAAAUUAGGAAUGCGCAAUGACGUCAUUUCCAUGGCAACUGGUAUGAUUGACGUAAAAAAGAAAUCAGUAUAUAUCAAUGGAUAACCUCCCCGCCAAGAAGACACUUUGCCUAACAACCUGUCUGGAAAGAUGGCUCUUUCAUCUAGUCUUAACACAAGUGCGGCCAAUACUAGUGGCUUUUAUCAGGGUAUGAAUGCUUCAAUUCCUCGGUUUAGACCACCAUUCUCACCAAUUCUGUACCUUUUAUUUGUGUACUACGCUAUUGCAGUGCUGGCCUUGUCUAUUAUCUCUAAUCUUUUAGCAUUGGCUGCGUGUUUUAAGCUGUACAGACGAAACCCGUCCGUGAUGCUUGGCUACUUGGCCAGYCUMAGCGURGCAAAUUUGUGYUUCAGUAUACUGGGAUCGUUUGACUUUUCGAUGCAUUUUUCUCUAACUGGAGAGGUUGCAUGCAAAGUGGAAGGUUUUUUGACAGAGACUUGUUACAUGGCAGCUAUUAUUAUCUUAGUCUGUAUCAGUUACGAGAGGAAGAGGGUAGUUGCUACUCCAAUCUUGGCAAGACUGAAGGAAUUACACUUCCGCAAGUUAUUACCUUUGCUUGUUUGGGUCUUCUCGUCUAUUCUCUGCAGYCCACUGUUGAUUUUUUACACUCGAAUACAUGGAACAUGCACAAGUAUUCUUCUCGCUAGUAUUUCUCGUUUGAUCUUCUAUAUCAUCCAAACUGUUGUCGUYUACGUACUSUCUUUGUUUCUCAUGUUCUGGGCACACCUUAACAUUUUCAAGACUUUGUCAAGACACAGAACUUUCAGAAGAGGCUCUUCAAGCGCGGCAAAGAUUUUUCGCAGCGACGCCAAAUUAUCCAGGAUGCUCGUUGCUGUCAUAAUCGUCUUCGUUGUCUGCCAUACACCUUACAUGUCAAUGCUUCUCAUGAUAAACUUUGGCAUUGAAGAGAGAACAGCAACAUGGCAGAUUACAUGGCACAUUGCAAGACUUCUCAUGUUCUCACAGACCACUAUCAAUCCCUUCAUUUACUGCUUCUUUAGUAARCAGUUCCGUAAAACUUGCAAGGAUAUCUUAACCUGUCAUUGUUCCGCAUCAAACCUUCAGGUUCCUCGUCUGCGUGCUACAUCAGGAACCACUUCGCUAGAGCUUCAAGCAGUUCCGUGUUAUGACGGAAAUGGUGGCCCGUAUGAAAAAGACAUCACUGAAAUGUAGUUGAUUAAGUCAUAAAAAACAUUACUUAAAACAACUGAAAAGAACACUUUUCAAAGGUAAAACCUGUUACCGAGUAAUCGGAUUAUCAUAAGCCCACUUUAUUCCUUAAGCAAACUACUAACAAGAGCUGCUAGUUUAAAUAGUGUGAAUUUACAGUACAAAAUCCUGACAUUAUAGUCACUGUGUACAUAUACUAAAGACAUUAAAAGCAAAAAAGCUGAUAGGGAAGCUAUGGCUUUAAAACUGUGAAACCCUCAGGCAAGAUGACAGUUGCCUGUUGUCUUACCACUAAUUAUGUACAAUUUCUAGUUUCACAUCGAUACAAUGCAAACAGCAACCGCGGACUUAAAAAGGCUAAUGUUCUUGUAGCCAACUGGGCGAGUUGUUUUGAAAACCAAUCUGAAACAGCCGGUUGUCGUUGAUAAACCUUGACAGUACGCACCGUAUGAUAGUAUAUUAUCUGUAUCAUGAUAAUGUUGCCUCGAGGCUUUCAUGCACUCUGUGUCAAAUGUAUCAUCAAUGAGGAGAACUCUUCGUGGGAUGUCAUCAUCAUCAAAACUUCCGACAACCAAAGUUCAUCAUUAUUAAUACAUCCAGCUUCGUAAUGCAGAAAACACUCUAGUGCAAACAUCAAGCGUGAAAAAAAAUAUUAACCAAACAUUGCCAAAUAGCGCAAUAUAGUGAAGAUUAGACAAAUGGCAAUCAGUCAAAGGAAUUCGCAUGAUUCGUACAAUUUUAAUUACUGCUAAAGUUCUUCAUCAUGGUUUUAGUUUUUGCAUCUCGCGCAUAGACUAAAACAAAUAAGAUUAAUUGAUAUAAAACGGUUACUAUAGAUUGUUCUGAUCGUUUUUAUUAAAACAAAAUAAAUGUAAUACCAAAUAUAUUCAUAUUCCUAGUUGAUAUUCAACGUAGAAUAGAAUGAGACAGUAGGUGCAAUAUUUCUGUUUUAUUACAAAACCAUCGCCAGGCUACUUAUGAGUCAUUUAACCUGAUGAUGGUUUUGUAAUAAAACCGAAAUAUUGCUCUUACUGCUUCAUUCUAUUCUAUGUUGAAUAUCAACUGGGAAUAUAAAUAUAUUCAAUAUUGGGUUUAUUUUGUUUUAUCUAAAAAACAAUCAGCUUUUUCUGGCGUUUUAAGGAAAUACACGAAUGAAAACGGGCGUGGUCGAUCAUGUCAGCAAUAGCUUCUACAUUUAUCAACAUACAAAAACUCGAUGACGCUUUAGUGUAGCCAAAGUCUGAUAGCAAUCGACAUUAUAAAACAUUAUUACAACUAAAACUAAAACUAAAACUAAAACUAAAACUAAAUUUAUAGAAUAAUUUAUGGAAUAAAACUGUAAGAAAAGUAAAGCCACAAAAAAGCUAGGCUGCAGGAAUCUUGAAAGAUUUUUCUAGAGUUGGGCCACAUUAGUAUUAUUAUUAUGUAUUUAUUGCUCCAGUGACUGAAAGAAUUGUAAACUAGUUAUGCGAUUAGCUGACUAAUCCUAUUCAUGGAAAAUGUAAUUAUCUCAUAACACUGAUCAUGCUAAUGAUGAUGAUUAUUAUUAUUACUAUCAUCAAAAUUAUUACAACGCACAUUAAAAACU